CCUUCCCUCCUUCUCGCUCCUCUUGAGCCUUCGGGGCAAAGGCAGGGUGAAGCAGAGAGAAGGGAACAUCAGCCCUGUGAGGGUUUGCUCCAGGCAGGGAGCUCCGCAGGGCGCUGUGCACCUGGAGGGCAAGAGGGGGCUGAUGAGAAGCGCUGUGCAGGUGGCUGUGCCCACUGGUGCGAGGUGUCAGCGGUGUGGAUCUUGGCUUUGUGUGCUGCGCUGUGUGCUUUGACGUGGGCUUUAGGACACAGGUCGUGGUGUGCCGGCGCUGCUGGGAGCUGGGCGGGAGCUGCGUGUUGUUUGUGGCCCUUCUGCUCCUUCCCAGCCCUCUGCUGUGAGUGCGCAGAGCAGGGGGUGAAGCUUUGUGGCCCAGAUCACCUCAGCUCCAGCAGUUUGUCCUCCCAGGCCCAGUUUUUGGGGAGUUCUGGCGCCAGGGCUGCGAGCUGCCCCAGGAAAGGCGUUUGCUCUUCUGGUCCUGACCUUCCCAUGAGAAUUUCUUGAAAUCUGUGGCGUCCAAAUGCAAAGGUUUUUUUUUUCCUCACCUGCUGACUCGGGAAUGCCCAGCUGAGCUGGCAGUGACAGCCUUACUGGCAGGUGCUGAUCCCCCCCCGUCACACAGCACAGAGAUGUCGGUGUUGGGUGGUGUGGAUGCUCGCAGGAGAACAGUCGCAGGGACAGGAAUUGGAGAAGAGCAGUUUAAUCCAUUGGCUGAUGAGGGACCGGGCCCUUUUCUGUCCUGUACGGAAUCAGAGUUGGGCUUUCCUUGGGAAAAAAUGAGAUGAGCAGAAACGAACGAAGCUCAGUUGUCCCGAGGACAAGCGGUGGGUUUGGGUCGGGCCUCAGGGCACGCGUGCUGUGGAAGCCUUCAGCUCAUCCCCAGUUCAAAGAAGAGAUUUCCAGGCGGUUCAAAGCCAAACAGGAUCAGCUGGUUCUGAUCUUCGCUGGGAAGAUCCUGAAGGACGGAGACACUCUGAAUCAACAUGGGAUCAAAGACGGGCUGACCGUGCAUUUGGUCAUUAAGACUCCACAGAAGGUCCAAGAUCCAACAUCUGCUGCUUCUGCCCCUGGUGCUGCUUCUGCCCCCACCACCGCGUCCCCUUCUCCUGCUGCCCCAUCUCAGCCUUCCACAUCCAGCGGCGCCGCUCCGGACGCGGGGGGCGGUGGCCGACGGAGCAGCAGCUCGGGGGGUCUGGGAGGCCCUGGAGACGGAGGCCCCAACAGCGCCACGUCGAUCCUUUCUGGCUUCGGUGGCAUCACUGGGCUGGGCAACCUGGGCAUGGGCUCUGCCAACUUCAUGGAGCUCCAGCAGCAGAUGCAGCGACAGCUGAUGUCCAACCCAGAGAUGCUCUCUCAGAUCAUGGAGAACCCCUUGGUGCAAAACAUGAUGUCGAACCCCGACCUCAUGCGGCAGAUGAUCAUGGCCAACCCGCAGAUGCAGCAGCUGAUGGAGCGAAAUCCGGAGAUCAGCCACAUGCUGAACAACCCGGAGCUGAUGAGGCAGACCAUGGAGCUGGCUCGUAACCCCGCCAUGAUGCAGGAGAUGAUGAGGAACCAGGACCGUGCUUUGAGCAACCUCGAGAGCAUUCCAGGAGGGUACAACGCCCUGCGCCGCAUGUACACGGACAUCCAGGAGCCCAUGUUCAGCGCCGCCAGGGAGCAGUUUGGCAACAACCCCUUCUCUUCCUUGACGGGGAGCUCCGAGAGCUCCAGCUCUCAGCCUUUGCGGACAGAAAACAGAGAGCCGUUACCGAAUCCCUGGAGCCCCAGCCCCCCUGCUUCACAGAGCCAGGCGCCCAGCAGCGAAGGGAGCGCUGGCUCAGGAAGCACCCAGAGCACCCCGACCGUGUCCAACCCCUUUGGGCUCAAUGCUGCUAGCUUUGGGGCAGGCAUGUUUAACAGCCCGGAGAUGCAAGGUCUCCUGCAGCAGAUUUCAGAGAAUCCUCAGCUGAUGCAGAAUAUGAUCUCUGCCCCUUACAUGAGGAGCAUGAUGCAGACCCUUGCCCAGAACCCAGACUUUGCAGCACAGAUCAUGGUAAAUGUUCCCCUCUUUGCUGGGAACCCACAGCUUCAAGAACAGCUCCGCCUUCAGCUCCCAGUCUUCCUGCAGCAGAUGCAGAACCCAGACUCCCUGUCCAUUCUCACCAACCCCCGCGCCAUGCAGGCGCUCCUCCAGAUCCAGCAGGGGCUCCAGACGCUGCAAACGGAGGCCCCAGGACUGGUGCCAAGCCUCGGCUCCUUUGGCAUGCCUCGAAUGCCCCCGUCCUCCACAGGAGGAAGCACAAUCCCGGAGAACCCCGUUCCCUCCGCUUCGACGCCGGCCAGUGCCUCUCCAGCCGGGGGCGGUAACCCCCAGCAGCAGCUCAUGCAGCAGAUGAUCCAGCUGCUGGCUGGAGGAAGCUCUCAAGCGCAGAGUCCCGAAGUGCGAUUCCAACAGCAGCUGGAGCAGCUGAACGCCAUGGGCUUCAUUAACCGUGAGGCCAACCUGCAGGCGCUCAUCGCCACGGGCGGGGACAUCAACGCGGCCAUUGAGAGACUGCUGGGCUCCCAGCCUUCCUAAGCUCCGUCCCGCCGCCCCGCAGAUGUCAGCUCGCAUCCAUUCACACGCGCAGGGGAUCUUUCAGGAAAGCCCGCCGUCAUUUUCAUAUCUGACAGCUGUCCAUGUAUUUAAAACAAAAAAGAUACAGCUUAACCCCGACCUUCCUACUAAGUUAAGAUUUCAUGUUGAAAUGCUCUUUAACUGGCUUGUAUGUGGAUUCCAGUUCUCAUCGUGGCCACAGAGACUUCAGAUGUGUAUUUUUCCUCAAUAUGCCCUCUGUUUCAGACACUCUUCUCUCUCUCUCUAGAUGGUAGAGGCGAUACUCCUAGUUAUUUACCUGAAUGAUUGUGUUUUGAGUAGCUUGAUUUUAACUGUACAUGAUUCCCUCCCUUCGCCCUCCUUUCAGGCAGAUAUUUAAAACUUGAGCCAAGUUUGCUUUCCGGUUCUUUCUCCCGGCAUCUUCUUGGGGAUAAUAGAGCAAAAGAAAAAUCGCAGCGACUUGGAAAUUUCUGAUGUCGUUUGUCUUAAUAAUUCCAUGGGCCAAAUGGGGCCCUCGGCGCGCGGGGGGCUGCCGCCUCCUGCUCCAGGGCUGGCCUGCGUGCAAUCCACGCCUGGAGUGGGGUCUCUGCGCAGCUGGGAUGGCGACGUGGAGCCCCGGUGGCCUUCAGGGACGGGGUUUGCUGUCGUGGAAGCCGAGCUGAAGGCGCCGUGCAGAAGAAGGCGUUGCAGAGGCUGCUGCUGCCCCAGCGCUCCGCUCCUCGCGCGGCUGCGUCGCGUCUUCUGCUCUGUGGGUUCGGUAUCUGUAAAAACGAGAGGAGAUGGAAAGAUCCGAUCUCUCCACUCAAAAGCGUCGGUGUCCGCGUGCUUCCCAGCCCGGUGCCAUCCUCAUUUCCCCCCCCUCCCCGCUGUGGUGCGUUUGAACCACGCUGCAUUCCGUGGAGGACCAACCUUUCCCCAGGGUCUCCGGGGCCGUGUGGUUUGCAGACCAGGUUUAUCAACGAGAAAACAACAACAAAUAAUAAAUGCGCACAACCAUCCGUC